AUGUCUUCUUCGAACUUGUUAUUUUUCUCUCUGGCUCUACUAAUCAUCACACUCUCCUCAAUACAAAAUUUUGCUUCUGCUUCUUUGGAGGAAGCCAAUGCUCUUCUUAAAUGGAAAGCAAGCCUUGAAAUCCCAAAAAACUCCUUGCUUUCUUCAUGGAUUCCCCUCCCUUUGAAUUCCAGUACAUCAGUUCCAUGCACUUCUUGGCUUGGAAUCGUUUGCAAUGCUGAUGGGAGCAUUCAGAAGUUGAGCCUCACAUCAUCUGGAAUAAAGGGUACGCUUCAUAGAUUUUCAUUUUCUUUGCUACACAAUCUUACACAUUUUAAUCUUAGUAUAAAUAACUUCUUUGGCCCCAUCCCACCAGAAAUCAGACUGCUGUCCAAACUUAUCCAUCUUGAUUUUUCAGAAAAUAAGUUUUCUGGAGUAAUCCCACCUGAAAUAGGAAACCUAGACCAGCUAACCAUCUUGUACAUGUACUCAAACAAUAUAUCUGGUCCUAUUCCUUCAUCAAUGGGUAAUUUAACCUCUUUGAAUGCCAUUAAUUUGUACAAAAAUCAACUCUCGGGUCUCAUUCCUAUUGAACUUGGGAAUUUGAAGUCUCUCACUCAUCUUGCGCUGAGCAAAAAUCAACUUAGAGGUUGUAUUCCUUCAUCACUAGGUUAUUUGACAUCUUUGAAUGGCCUUUAUUUGUGGACAAAUCAACUCUCUGGUCCCAUUCCUAUUGAACUUGGGAAUUUCAAAUCUCUAACUGAUCUUGACUUAAGUGACAAUCAACUUAAUGACUCUAUUCCUUCAUCAUUGGGUGAUUUGACAUCUUUGAAUCUACUUUAUUUGCACCAAAAUCAACUCUCUGGUCCCAUUCCUAUUGAACUUGGGAAGUUGAAAUCCCUCACUGAUCUUGAAGUGAGCAACAAUCAACUUAGUGGUUCUAUUCCUUCAUCAUUGGGUAACUUGACAUCUUUGAAUAUCCUUUAUUUGGAUAAAAAUCAACUCUCUGGUCCCAUUCCUAUUGGAAUUGGGAAUUUGAAGUCCCUCACCAAUCUUGAUGUGAGCUACAAUCAACUUAGUGGUUCUAUUCCUUCAUCAUUAGGUGAUUUGACAUCUUUAAGUGUUCUUUAUUUGUACCAAAAUCAACUCUCUGGUCUCAUUCCUAUUGAACUUGGGAACUUGAAGUCUCUCAUUAAUCUUAAGGUUAGCAAAAAUCAACUUAGUGGUUCUAUUCCUUCAUCAUUAGGUGAUUUGACAUCUUUGAAUCUACUUUAUUUGCACCAAAAUCAACUCUCUGGUCCCAUUCCUAUUGAACUUGGGAAUUUGAAGUCUCUCACUAUUCUUGAGGCUAGCGAGAAUCAACUUAGUGGUUCGAUUCCUUCAUCAUUAGGUGAUUUGACAUCUUUGACUAUCCUUUAUUUGGAUGAAAAUCAAAUCUAUGGUACCAUUCCUAUUGAACUUGGGAAUUUGAAGUCUCUCAUUUAUCUUGAUGUAGGUUACAACCAACUUAGUGGUUGUAUUCCUUCAUCAUUGGGUGAUUUGACAUCUUUGAAUGGCCUUUAUUUCGCCCAAAAUCAACUUUCUGGUCCCAUUCCUGUUGAAAUUGGGAAUUUGAAGUCUCUCACUCAUCUUGAUGCAACCUCCAAUCAACUAAGUGGUUCCAUUCCUUCAUCACUAGCAAACUUGAGCAACGUACAGUGGCUGAGCCUCGGUGAUAAUAAAUUAUCAGGUCUUAUUCCUAAUGAACUUGGGAAGUUGAAGUCUCUCACUCUUCUUUCGUUGAGCACAAAUCAGCUUAGUGGUUUUAUUCCUUUAUCAUUUGCUGAUCUGAUAUCUUUAAAUCUCCUUUAUAUGCAUCAUAAUCGGCUUGCUGGUCCCAUUCCUAGUGAACUUGGAAAGUUGAAGUCUCUCACUGAUUUUAAGGUGAACAACAAUCAACUUAGUGGUUCUAUUCCUCCAGAGUUUGGAAAUUUAACUCAACUUGAAAGACUUAAUCUGUCUUCGAAUCAUUUUGUUAGUGAGAUCCCAAAGGAGUUUGGGAAGAUGAAAAGUAUGUUGUAUUUGUACUUGGCUGGCAACCAACUUUCAGGUGUUAUACCUCUAGAGCUUGGAUUUUGUGAACUCCUUGAAGUACUCGAUCUAUCCAAAAAUAAAUUGAAUGGGUCAAUUCCAAGAAGUAUUGAUCAAUGGUCACAAAUCCACUACUUGAAUCUUAGUAAUAACAACCUUAGUGAGAAAAUUCCAUCCGAGAUUGGUAAAUUAGUUCAUCUUACGGAACUUGAUUUAUCUAAAAAUUUUCUCACUAAAGAGAUACCAUCUGAAGUUCAAAGUUUGCAGAGUUUGCAAAAAUUAGAUCUUUCUCACAAUAGACUAUCUGGUUCUAUUCCCAAUGCUUUUAUAAAUUUGCCUCGCGAGAUUGACAUCAACCUUUCUUACAAUCAGCUCUCAGGUCCAAUCCCCGCCAGAGUUAACUUUGUGAAUGCGUCCAUAGAAGGCAAUCCAAAUUUGUGUGGGAAUGUUACGGGAGUGAAACUUUGUCCAAGUCAGAUUAUGAAGAAGAAAAAUGAUCAUAAGCUUAUCCUUGUAAUUGUGCUCCCUCUUAUCGGGAUUGUUUUACUUGGUGUAUUCACGUAUCGCCUCAUUGCUAAUCUACAAAAAAAGAAAAAGUCUCCACAAAAACCAUCGGAUGAAGAAAUCGGUGAUUAUUUCUCUAUUACAAGCUUUGAUGGAAAAGUGGUGUAUGCUGAUAUCUUGAAGGCAACAAAUGAUUUCCAUGAAACAUACUGCAUUGGGACCGGAGGAUAUGGGACUGUGUACAAAGCCGAACUACAAACUAACAAUGUGGUAGCUGUGAAGAAACUUCGCCCAUCGUCCCAGAAUGUUGAUCAUAAUGGAUUUCUUAAUGAGGUACGAGCAUUAACGAACAUAAGGCAUAGAAACAUAGUGAAACUCUAUGGAUAUUGCUCUCAUUCUCGCCACUCAUUUUUGAUUUAUGAAUACCUUGAAAAUGGAAGCCUUGGAUUAAUCUUAAGAAGCGAUGUCUUAGCAAAAGAACUAGAUUGGUUAAAAAGGGUAAAUAUAGUAAAGGGUGUAGCUAAUGGUUUGGCUUAUAUGCAUCAUGACUGCUCACCUCCUAUAAUUCAUAGAGACAUUUCCAUUGCCAACAUCCUUCUUGAUUCUGAUUGUGAGGCACAUAUUUCUGAUUUUGGCACAUCCAAGCUUUUAAAACUUGAUUCAUCCAACUGGACUGCAAUUGCAGGCACCUAUGGAUACAUCGCGCCAGAGCUUGCUUAUACGAUGGUGGCAAAUGAGAAAUGCGAUGUGUAUAGCUUUGGAGUUGUUGCAGUAGAAGUGAUAAUGGGAAAGCAUCCGGGAGAUCUCAUAACAUCUUUACCAACAUUGUCUGCUGCUGAUUAUCUGGUGCCGUCAAACGUGGGAGAUAGUCGGAUACCUCCUCCCUCAUCCGAAGUAGAGAAACAAGUUAAGUUGGUUUUGAAUCUCUCAAGAGCAUGUUUGAACUCCAAUCCACAUGAAAGACCAACAAUGCAACAAGUUUCAAAUCGGUUAAUGAAGGAUCUGCUUUGAAUUGACAUCUCUUGCCUGAUCAAUAUAUUGUACUUUCAAUGUUCUUUUUACUUUUCUUAAGUUCCCUAUAUGCAUCUUGUCAACAUGUAUUCAUUUGAAUAGCUUUUUGUUAAGAAACUUCACAUAUGUUUGUCAAUGGCAGAUCUAGUAUGUAUCCCGGGAUACCCCUAAAAAAAUUAGUAGUGUAAUUUUUUCAGGAAAUU